CUCAGCGGUGGUCACUCACAAGAAGGUUGAAUUUCGUUUCGUUCCUCAAAGCUUGCCUCACAAAUGCAAUGAGCCUUGGUGAAUGCAUCACUGUGGCCAUAGCGGCAUGCCAGGCCCCUUCCAAGGUCAUAGGUCAGAUCGAGGUUGGCACGCAGUGCUACGUGCCUCUGGCUGACAAGUCUCUCGGGUGCUCCUUCGAAGCACAGAGUGUGUCGAGAAGCGUGCAGACUACAGAGGCUGUGGAUCAGUCACGCUCCACCUCAGCAUCAAGGCCUUCUGUUUCUCCAUCAACAACCAAGGGUGACAAAUCAUGUCAGGGGCGCCUCUACAGCAGUCAACUCUGUGACUAUGAAUCUGAUAAUCUGCGAGAGCUUGAAAAACACACCGGGGUUCAUAGUGGCGAGCAUCCAUUUAAAUGUCAUUUCUGCCCUCAGAGCUUCGCACGAAAAAACUGUUUUAACAAGCACCUGUGCAUCCACACGGGUGAGCGUCCAUUUAAAUGCCAUUUCUGCUCUCAGGGCUUCUCACAAAAAAACGCUUUGAACAAGCACCUGCGCGUCCACACGGGUGAGCGCCCAUUUAAAUGCCAUUUGUGCCCGCAGAGCUUCUCACAGAAGUCCAAUUUGAACACGCACCUGCGCAUCCACAUGGGUGAGCGUCCAUUUAAAUGCCAUUUCUGCUCUCAGAGCUUCUCACAAAAGAACACUUUGGACCAACACCUGCGCAUUCACACGGGUGAGCGCCCAUUUAAAUGCCAUUUGUGCCCUCAGAGCUUCUCACAAAGACCCUCCCUGAAACGACACCUGCGCAUCCACACAGGCGAGACACCAUUUCAGUGCCCUUCGUGCCUUCGGAGUUUCUCACGUAAAACCAAUUUGAACAAACACCUGAAAAUUCACACUGGCAAAAAGCCAUUUCACUGUCCCUCCUGCCCUCGGAAAUUUAGUAAUAGUGGCGAUUUUAAGAGGCACCUGCGCAUCCACACAGGUGAGAAGCCAUUUCUGUGCCCUUCGUGUCCUCGGAGUUUCUCAGUUAAAAGCUAUUUGAACGAACACCUGCGCACCCACACAGGUGAGAAGCCAUUUCAGUGCUCUUCAUGCACACGGAGAUUUUCGCGGAAGAGUACCAUGACGCGGCACCUGCACAUUCAUACAGGUGAAUAACCACUACUCUGCACCAUGCUGAUUACUUGAGUGAACAUAAACAGAAAAAGCACCCUGGCGCUGUAGAGUAGGUCAGCAGCCAUGUUGAACUAGCCUGAUUUAGGAAUCUAUAGCACAGCAGUGGUAGUGAAAGGCUAGAGCAUUUCCCUUGUGUGUGUUAGGUCCUGUGUGUGAAUCUCGGUGUAGGUGGAAACCCACUGGUCUUUCUAAUGGGUAGGUACAUACAACGACCUGGCGCUAGGUUAUUUAUGUGUGUUCUCAUCUCGGGUUGGCAGCAUGGGACUGCCAGGCUCCUUUUUGAGAUUUGUCUCGGUUCUUGCGCCGCGAGCACAGCGGUUUACGAACGUCUACGGAGGAACACACCCCUGAAAAGCCGGACUGCUGGCUGGAGGAGGGGGGAAGGGGGGAGUGCUUGUGCUUCAUUUUAACACCAGUGGGUGUCCGGUGGGGAAGUAUCGAACCACGCACCUCUAUUAACAGAGCCGGGCCUUCUACCCACUGAGCCACUGCUGCAGUUGUGACUUCUAACCUAUUUCACAGGUAGAUGGGCUACCUAUAUUUCAGCUCUCGUUAAUUUGACCAUUGUUAAUUCAGAUAAUUGGAUAAUUCGAACUCGUUCUUUGGUCCCGGCAGGCAGUACUCAUUAUUUAAGGGAAUCAAACUCGUUGAUUCGGGCAUAUUUGGCCGCACAUGUAGAUACAAAUAAUUUCCAUUUGAGUAGUAACAAAUCACUACUUUACUUUUACUUUUGAUGCACAUAAGUUUUUGUGUUAAUCAAUGCAUUUUUGUCGCAUACUUUUUUGGCUGGCGAUCUCAUUAAUAUGUGUUUCGACAGUUAGCAGUGUCUUCUGCAAGCUGCUCUCGCUGAUUGCAUUGUACUAAGGGGGCUGUGGGCUUCGGUCAAGCCCUUAAGGACAUUUUUAGCCGCAGCCUUCUUCAUCUUUUUGAUGGAAAUAAAAUUGUAUUGUAUUGUACAUGUGUCGCAUGCUGCCUAGUGUUGUGUUGCACUGUUAGCUCUGGUGUUACCAUAUGCUCUUAGAUGUUGAACCGACUUCACAGGAUGUUCCUGCCUAAUCUAGGAAGUUGCAGGAACAAAUGUAGUGAUAUGAUUGCAUUGCAUUACAGUGAUA